AUGGCAACCAAACGAAACGUAGUAAACAACCGUUCGUGUUGCUGACACAAGAUGGAGGUACUGCCUGAGGUGGAGCCUGAGAUGGAAGGAGCAGAACAGGAGGAGGCAGGAGAGGACGAAGGUCUGCGGGAUUUGCAGGAGCUGGAGGAGAUGCUGUCCAGAGUGCACGUGGCCCCCCGGGCUCCUCACCUGCUGGAACCGGAUCCUGGAGUGGACCAGCGAGAGUGGCCUUCCUCCUACAGGGAGAACUCUUCUCAGGAGAACCUGCUGCUGGCCAUGGCAGAGAACGUCCGCUGCCAGUACGCUCACCUGUACCCUGACCGCAGACCCCUGUUCCUCUGUCCCGAGAACGAGUGUGGCGUGAAGAAGUUUGUGAGCACCACGCUGCGUCCGACGCUCUUGCCGAUCCCUGAGCUCUACCACUGGCAGGGCUGUGCCAGCUUCGUCUCUGACUUCCUCUCCCUGGAGCUGCUGGACCCCCCCAUCGACCUGCCCAAACAGCUGCGCUCCCCUACGUGGGUCCUGAAGACUCAGAGGGGCAGCUGCUUCGACUUCUCCACCCUCCUGUGCAGCCUGUUGCUGGGCGCCGGCUACGAUGCCUACUGCGUCAGCGGCUACGCCGUAAAGGAGAUGUGCCUUCUCAACCAGAGCCACCAGGAGUGUCCCUUACUGCGGCCCAGUAUCAGUGAGGAGGUAGCUGAGCAGAAGCAGGAGGUGCGGAGGUACUCGGCGAAGGCCCCCCGUGACCUGCAGAGGUACUCGGUGAAGGCCCCCCGUGACCUACGGAGCAGCUUUGAGCUGCGUCAGGCGGAGGCGUGUGCAGUGCAGCUCAGGACACAGCAGGACGCGCAGGGACUGAGGGAGGAGAGCGAGAGCCCGCCCCCAGAUCCUCUCUAUGGCCUGAGGAUUCACUGCUGGGUGCUGGUGUUGCCGGGGAACCGGGAGGUACCGGACAGCUUCUUCAUCGAGCCACUCACAGGCCAGAGCUACCCCACCACCAGCAACCAGUUCCUGGGGAUUGAGUGCAUUUGGAAUCAGCAGAACUACUGGGUCAACAUGCAAGACUGUCGUUUCGGCUGCGCGGAGAUGACCUAUGACCUGGGUGAUCCUGUAAAGUGGGAAUAUUUGCUGUGUAGCUCCAUGUGCCAGUCGCUACUCCUCGUUCCUGACACGAAGAGACAGCAUGAGACAGAGGACGAGGAUGAGGAGGAGGAAGCAAAAGAAGAACAGAAAGUGUUUCACAUGCCCCCAUCUUGGGUAAUGAAGAUCCACAUUUCAAGAGAAGAUAUGGAAAAUCGUUGUCCCGGUGGCAGGAAGCUUAUCCGAUACAGGAAGGCCACGGUGGAGAUGUUUGCGCCUUAUCUCCUGAAGAACGGACUGGUCAGGAAGCUCACUACGUAUGACGACCUGGACUGCACCCAGGCCAACACGGUGACUGAGUGGUAUAGGCACCGACAUGACCAGCUGCAGCAGAGGGAACCGAAUAAAGCCUCCAGUGUCACCUUGGAGCAGUUCAAUCCAGGGCGGAGCUACGCUCUGAAAAGCCACAGGUACGUCACUCUGCUGUCUGAGACGGAGCGUCAGAUGGACUUCUACAGCCAUGCACGGCCCGACAGCCUGGCCCGCCGGGUGGAGACGCCCUGCGAGAUGACCGAGACCUUCGACAGUCGACCCGACUUCCUCUACUACCGCCACGUCGUUUUUAGCAAGCGGGUUGGAACUAACAGUCCGGGAGGAACGCCCGAACAACGACCCGUCCAGAAGGUAGUGGAGAGGUUCCACAGGGACAGGUCAAAACCGGCUGCUCAGGACGUAGCCGAGCGAGUGUUCUUGCUGUCAGAAGAUCGGAUCCAGGUGACGUACCAUCGGGAGGAGGACAGAAUCAUCCCUGCCUGGCAAGACUUCGUCAAACCCCACAACGUGGGCACCUCCCAAAUCCCACAUGCCUUCACGCCACAGAUGGUCUCCACGUUUCAGGUGGACCCGUCUGAGAAACCCUGCAAGAACCUGCUUCUGUACGAGACCCUCAUGGCGCUGAUGAAGGAGGAAGAGAAUGUCCUCAUCAGGAUCAGGGAGUCUGAGAAUGAGGUGAGGGCCAUCCUGGCUGCCAGAGAGCAGGAGGAGAGCACCAUCGAACUUCAGAUCUCCAUCUACGACACCGCCAGGAAUGAGAAGGCAGGCCACCACCGGGAGGAGCUGGAGCGCACGGCAGAGGAGGAGCGUCUGCGGAGGGAGGAGGAGAAGGAACUGGACGUCCUGGCACCGUUCCUGGCCCGGCACGGGGAUCCAGAGAGCCUGACCCGGGAGCAGGCCCUUCAGAUCCGAGCGGACUGCCUGUCCCAUCUCAAACAGCGGCUCAUAUCCAGAGCCAACCGCAUCCAGUCGUGUUUUGAGAAGGAGACCCAGGAGCUGCAGCAGAAACAGCUUUGGUACCAGAAGAAUGAGCCCACCAUGACAAAGGACGACGAAGACUCGUACCUGUCCUAUUGCUCUGACGCUUUGUUCAGGAUUGAGGUCCUGAAGCUCCGUCUGAGCCGGCACAAGGACGGAGCGGCCCAGAGGUACCUGGCACUGGACGAGAGACUGAAGCAGGACCCCAGACUGGCGCUGCACCUGAGCUGAGACUGUGCUGGAACAUUCCGAGAUUCCCUGCGUUUAGGCUACUGUGUUUGGUUUCAUUAAAUGUCAUUUACGUUCUGACAGA